CACAAUUUUGAAUGAGUGAUUGGUCGGGAAGAGAAAUUAGAAAAAAAAAGUAUUCCUAUUACAAUAAUGGUUUGUUAUAAAAAGAGUAAUAGUAAUACUACUAAUAAUAAUAGUGGUAAUAAUAACAAUGAAGGGAUAAAUUGUCUGUAUAAUGAUAAUGAUGAGCAGAAAGAAUAAUCCCACAGAAUAUAAAUUUCAAUAAAACUGUUGCAUACAAACAGAAUUAGAAUCAUUGUACAUUAGGAUAUCUUUUAUUAUUAUCAUUAUUAUUAUUAUCGUCAUUAUUUUCACUGACGCACAAUUACCCAUCUAACUUGUAAUGUUUUACAAAGAUAUACAUAUAUAUGUAAAAUAUGCUUAAUUUAACAAUGCGACUACUCAUAAUGUUGAUUGUUCUCUUACCUGUUUCCACUGAUUCCACUGACAAUUCUCUAUAUAAAGAUAUUCAGUUGGAGACAACAACACAUUCUGUUAUAAGACCUGAUAUUGAAAUAUCUGUUAUAAUCAUGGCGUGUGUAGUGUGUUGUAUUGUCACAGUUGGAAUUAUUGGUAAUGUACUGGUUAUUUGUGUUCUAACAUGUAAUCGUAAACGUAUGGUAUAUGAAACAUUCUGUGUUGGACUGGCUGUCACAGAUUUAAUCUAUUUAACAAUGACUAGUCCAAUAACUGUGAUGCAAUACUUUUUGAAAAGUUGGAUAUUUGGUAUAUUCUGGUGCAAGGUAUUCAAUUUUAUUGUACAAGUUACAGUGUUCUCGUCAGCAUUUAUGUUACUCGGCCUGACUACAAGUCGUUUCUUAGCCGUUGUAUUACCUUGGCAAAAUUUGAAGACUACGGAAAUUCAAGCGAAAUUGGUUUGUGUUGGGGCAUGGUUAGUUGGAAUUAUCUUCGCUCUCCCAAUAAUGAUAUUUCAAGUGCUGACACCAGAUCCAUCGUAUGAUGAUGUACUACCGCAUAACAUUACUAUGCUGAAUACUAUUCCGCCUAUUCGCAUAGACAACAACUCAUAUUAUAUGACUGAUAUACCACAAUAUCAAACUGCAACUAUAGCAAACUUUAAGGAUGUAGCUAAUAAUUUUAUUACCAAUAAUAAUAUCAAUAAUAAUAAUAAUGAAAAUUGCAAUCGUGAAGUACUUUGUCGUGAGAAAUUUCCAUCUCAGUCAAGUCGUACAGGUUAUCAAUUAUUUGUUCUACUAUCAACCUAUGUACUUCCAUUUACUUGUAUUUUAAUUUUAAACUCUUGCAUUGUGUUAAAAUUAAAACAAAAGAACGUUACAGAAAGAGAGAGGAAUCGAUUUCGACGCUUUUCUGCACAUGAUAGUUCCCUUUAUGCAAGAAAUAGUAAUACUAGUAAUACUGCUAACAACAACAACAGCGACAAAACUGCCGACAAUCUUGACAACAGAAAAGCAUCGAAUACAAGUAACAAGUUGAACUUGUUGAAAAACAAACGAAAAAGGCAUACAGAUAAAAAUCAACAAAAUGUAGAAAUAAACAUGUUAGACAAUAUGAAUGAAAACUGUUCAUCCCAUCGUCGUCACUAUAACAAUAAUAAUAAUAACAACAACAACAAUGCACAAAAUCAACAACAAAACUUAGAACAACAAAUAUCCAAUGAUACAGUAACAUCGUCGAAUAUGACUGGUACAACAAGUCCUGAAUAUCACGAAACUGGUAGUGUUAUCCCUACAGUAAAUAAUUCUAUUCAAACACAUAAUUUACCCGAAAAUCUAUCACCAAAUAAUCCAAAUGAAUUAGUACGGGCUACAAGAGAGUUGAAGAAAAAACGUUUACGUUCGAAAGCAACAAAAUUGGUUGUAUUAGUGACAACUUUAUGGGGUGUAUGCUGGUUACCAACGCAUAUAAUUAAUUCUUGGUUCUUUUUUGAUGAAGCUAGUUUUCCAUUUAUUCCAGCUAUGAAAAUAGCUAAAUUAAUAUCACAAACAUUAUCAUUUGCUGCAUCUUGUGUAAAUCCAAUAGUGUAUAGUAUAUUAACUGGUUCAUUUAAAACAGCCUUAUCAAAUCGUUUCAGAAAGCGUAAUCGACAUGAUCGUACAAAAACGGAAUUAUACUAUAUCUCAGAAUAAUUGCACCGAAGUCAUUAUUACAUUUAUGAACACUACUAUUCAAAUAAAACACCAAAAAAACACAGAAAGAAACGUAUAUUUCUUCGUAUUACAGAGUAAAAACAGACAGAAACAGAGAAUCGAACCGUAGGAAAUCUUAAAAUACGAUAUAGCAUCACUUGCUGAAUGAAAUUGUUGAAUUUAUACAAACAUUUAUUAAGACAAAAUUUACAUGGUCUACUCACCUUUCAUUCAUUCUAUCUAUCUAUCUCUCUCGCUCGCUCUCCCAUCCAUCAAUAUGUACUUAUCCGGGAGUUUUGAAUGAGAUUGCCAUUCUCCUGCUUCUUCUUCGUGUUCAUAUAUCGAUACAAAAUCAGCCCAAUUAAACUACUUUGUGAAUAAGAUAAGAAAAAAUUGGUCGAGAAAAAAAAAGCGGAGAAAUUCAAACAAUUGGGAAAUGCUUCAACAAAAUUUUUGAAAAAAAAAAGAAAGAUACUCUUUCUUCUCAAUAAAUAUAUAUAUACUCUCUACCAUGUAUGUAUUAUGUUAUCCUUAAGAUAAUUAAUUAAAUAUCUAAGCUGUGCUUAUUAGUGUUCCUCUUCAAUCAUGCUGCAUGUGUUUUUUCUCCUUUUUUCCUCUUUCUUGAAGGUUUUUUUUUCAGUGGACAAGUAAAUUGUGUAGCAAGAGCAGAGAAAAGUUUAAAAACAAUCAUGCUCUCAUUUGUAAUUAGAAAAAAAUACAUAUAUACAUAAGUGUGUUUAAA